GACAUGAACUUCUUCUUCCUGCUGCUGCUGCUUUUCUCUCUGCGGACUCACGGAACCAGAACCGGCUCCAAUGGAGGCUCCCCGCCGUACCCGGAGCCGGACCGGGACCCGGUGCUGGUUCUGGAGCCGGACCUGUCCGCGGUGCUCCGCCGGGUGGAUCCGCGCUUCCUGUCCGUCACCGUCGACGCGAGUCUGGCCGCCGAGGAGAGCUUCAUGGCGCUGCUCAGCUCCUCCAAGGUCAGAACUCUGUCUGCAGCUCUGAGUCCAGCGUUUCUGCGGUUCGGCGGCACCAGACAGGACUUCAUGGAGUUUAAUCCUGAGAGGGUCCAAUGGACCUCCGAGUCCACAGCAGCAGCACACAGUAGGACAUUCAUAACCCAUCAUUCAUCAGUAACACUGGUCCGGUUCUGAUCCGGUUCUGAUCUGGUUCUGACGUGUUGAAGAACUCAAAGUUUCUGCUCAGAAUCACAAACAACAGAAUAAAAUCCCAGAACCUCAGAUUAUUGAUCAUCAGAACCUGCAGCUGGUUCAGUUCAGUCUGGAGCAGAAACGAUCGAUCAGUA